AUGUGGGCCCGUCGUACGCUGAGGUCACUCUCCACUGUGUCCACCUGCCGCAACGUAGGCCGCGGCCACCAGUACUGCUGCUGCGGCGACAACGUUAUGAUCGACCAGCGUAUGAGCAAGUUGAACGCGUGGGGCGCUGACGCGCGCACCAAGAUCGCGCAGCAGUCCAAGCAGUCCACGGCUACGUGGAAGAUCAUCAACUCGCACUACAGCACGUACCACCACUACGCCAAGUGCAAAAUGAAGAAGUAG